AUGAAAUCAGUUUCGGAAGAUCGGUUGCAAAGAAAGAAACGUCUUUUCGAAUUUUACGGUCCGAAGUCAAAGCCAGGUGCAGAAUUAGAAGAAUUACCUAACGAUCCAACUAAUAUCGAUUCAUCGGAAUUUGAUGCCAGGAUUUAUAUGAAUAACCUCUUAAGCAAGUCAGAUCUAAACGAUUUAGUGGCUAAAGAGACAGAGAUUUGCGAUCAAAUUAGAACUUUGGAUUCUGAAAUGCAAACACUAGUUUACGAUAAUUAUAACAAAUUUAUCAAUGCAACUCAUACUAUUAAAAUGAUGAAAGCAGAUUUCAAAUACAUUGAAGGUGAAAUGAAUUCUCUUGCUGAAAGCAUGCUUGAAAUUAGGCUCUUUUCGAGUGAUAUUGACAAUGAGCUUCGUGAUAUUAGAACGUCUACGAAAAAGUUGAUGACAACCGCAGAUAAUCUUCAAAAGCUCGAAUAUCUAUCAUCUUUACCUUCUAAAAUUCGUCAAUUUACCAAAAAGGAGGAAUGGGCUAAGGCUGUAGAUGCCUACGUCAAAGCGAAAGCUUUCUUCGAUAGGCAUCGACACGUUCCUUCCUUCCGUGGUAUCUACAAUGAAUGCACUGAUCUCAUUGAUGAGAUAAUAAAUAAAGUUGAAGAUAAACUAAAUUCGGUGGAAGAUCCACAGACCUUGAACUCUUUAAUUGAGGUCCUGUACCAAUUUGGACAAACACCAUAUGAGUUAGCCGAAAAAUUUCUCCAUGUAGCGUCACAUCGGUCGGAUAUACUUUUAGAAAAUUUGGCCACUUCGCAUCCAUCGAAUAGCUUAGAAGGUAUCUUGGCUUUUGCUAAUGCUGCAUCAGAUAUCAUUUCUGAAGGCGUUAUGUCUUACGUCUUCACCUAUUCCAGCCGGUUCUUGAGCAACCGAUCUAUUGACGAUGAUCAAGUGGAUGAAGACUUAGAGACCAGGUUAUUUGAUUUCCUCCAAGGUGUAACCACCAAAUUUCUGACUUUCAUAAACGCAGAGUUGCAAAGUCGUGUUGAUUCGACAGAAAUUGAGCUUCUCGUUCGAGCACUUGAGCGUCUCUACUCACGCUUGAUGGCUUUUGGUCGAAGUGUGUUGGAAGUGGUUGUACCGCCAAAUCAAUCUCCAUCCCUGUCGUCGAAUGAAUUCAAGAAGCAUCUUGACGAAGCAACAUUGAAUAUGGUCCUGGUUGUUGCUGAAUAUUGCUGUCGGAAGAAACAAUUCCAAACUCUUAGACUUCAAACGGCAGACUGCUUGACAGAUGUUCGGCAAAAGCUUGUCACUUCUGUUUGCUUGAAACCUAAAAAAGAGCAAGUUCUUGUGUUGUUUUUAGUUACAUUUAAACAACUCUGUUACUUUUUGUAUUUGUUUAAUGUCUUUCUAUCACUUAUUUUUUUAUCAAUGAAUUAUAGUGGUGGUGAAGGCGAUAAUCAAACUCUGAUGGAAAUUUACGACGAAAUGAGUCGAGUUCUGGCCACAAGUCUUCGUGCUUGCCUUAAAUCUGUUGAGCCAUUUUUAUCGGCUGAAAAUAGCUUUUCUCACCUCCAACUAUUUCGUGCCACAUUUUGCCUCGAUUACGUCCGAGAAGGCAUUGUUACCGCCUAUCUCCGAUUCUUGAUUCAAUUUUGUGAAGAUCUCUCAAAGUUUACGCCCUCUAGCGUUCCUGGUUGUCUAAUUCUACUGAUGGGCAAGUUGUGUCUCGAAUGGGCGAAUUCUGGAACCAUCGGCCAUUUGUUGAAUACUGCUGAUGAAUUUCUCAUGUUUGGCCAACCAAAAUCGUCCUAUUCAAUGGAAUCACAUCAACAAAAGGCAAUUCAACAAAUGCUAGCCACUCGUACCCAGCCUCUGACUCCAGCGGGUCCUUUGGCUGAGGAAUUCCGCACCACUUCAACACGUCUCUUGACAGUCUUCACCAAGUUUGAGGGUGCUCAACUAGCCCACAUGAUGCGCAAGUCGAUGGAAGCACGCUUUUGGCUGCGUUGUCCGGAACCCCGCACAGUAAGAUCGGUCAUCAGACGUGUUCUUGAAGAUCUGGCAAAUAUUGAUUAUCAGGUAAAAUCAACCGAAUUCUCGUUGUAA